GAUACACACUUCCCAUAAUUCUCCAUUACUACGUGACGUCACUACCCAGUGCUCUUUCGUGUAGUGAGUCGCCGACAUUUCCACCUUGAAAUAAUGUCAAUCGUUCGUCCCGUAGCGUUUCGUCUUUUACAGACAAACAAGACUUGCUUGAGUGCUUCAUUCAGUGGAAUUCGUCAUGCCUCAACCACAACAAAUUUAAAGGAUUUCCUAGCAGAUGAAAUCCCACGAAAACAGAAAGAAGUCAUUGAGUUUAGAAAGGAAUAUGGUAAUACCAAGGUCGGAGAGAUCACAGUUGACAUGAUGUAUGGUGGCAUGAGAGGUAUCAAAGGUUUAGUAACAGAAACAUCAGUUUUAGAUCCAGAAGAAGGUAUCCGUUUCCGUGGCUAUAGUAUACCAGAAUGCCAAAAACUUUUACCAACAGCAGGUGGUAAAGGAGAAGAACUACUUCCUGAAGGUUUAUUCUGGCUUCUUGUUACCGGUGAAGUUCCAUCCCAAGCUCAAGCUGAUGCCAUAUCACAUGAAUGGAAUAAGAGGGCAUCAGUUCCUAAUCAUGUCAUCAAUAUGUUAAAUGAUUUCCCCAGCAACCUACAUCCUAUGUCUCAAUUUAGUGCAGCCAUUACAGCCUUAAAUUCAGAAAGUAAAUUCGCUAAAGCUUAUGCAGAAGGAGUUCACAAAUCAAAAUAUUGGGAGUAUGUAUAUGAAGACUCGAUGGAUCUGAUUGCUAAACUUCCAACAUUAGCAGCUAUUAUUUAUCGUAAUUUAUAUCGAGAUGGCUCAACACCUUGUGCUAUUGAUCCUAAAAAAGACUGGAGUCAAAAUUUCGCCUACAUGUUGGGUUAUGAAGAUCCUGAUUUUUCAGAGUUAAUGAGAAUGUACCUUACCAUCCACAGUGAUCAUGAAGGAGGUAAUGUGAGUGCUCAUACAACACAUUUAGUAGGCAGUGCAUUAUCUGAUCCCUAUUUAAGUUUUUCAGCUGGUAUUAAUGGUCUAGCUGGUCCACUUCAUGGUCUUGCUAAUCAGGAAGUUUUACUUUGGUUAACUAAAUUACAAAAAGAACUAGGAGGAGAAGUAACAGAUCAACAGUUACAUGAUUUUAUCUGGAAUACAUUAAAAUCGGGACAGGUUGUACCAGGUUAUGGCCAUGCUGUCUUGCGUAAAACAGAUCCUCGUUACACAUGCCAGAGAGAGUUUGCAUUAAAGCAUCUACCUAAUGAUCCAUUAUUUAAAUUAGUAUCUCAAAUCUAUAAAAUAGUUCCAGAUAUCUUAUUAGAACAGGGUAAAGCAAAGAACCCCUGGCCUAAUGUAGAUGCUCAUAGCGGUGUUUUAUUACAGUAUUUCAAUUUAAGAGAAAUGAAUUACUAUACUGUGUUAUUUGGUGUAUCAAGAGCUUUAGGAUGUAUGGCAUCUCUUAUUUGGGAUAGAGCACUAGGGUUACCAAUAGAACGACCAAAAUCAUUCGAUACCCCUGGACUAAAAAAACUUGUAGCUAAGUAAACCAAUAAUGAGGUAUAACUGAUGGCUUAUCAAGGAGAAUUUAGGAAAUUGUUAAUAUAUUUGAAUAAAUUUUUAAAAUUUCUCUUUUUUUUUGUCUAUAUCUCAAAAGAUUUAAGUAGCUCUAAUUUUUUUGAGAAAUGGCUCCAGGGAUAUUGACUGUUAGUCUUUUGAUAUAUAUAUAUUUAUAAAAAGUAAACCACAUCAAUGACUAUGUAGAAUUUGUAGAUAUUUGACAUCAGUGGAAAAAUUAAAUAUAAUGAAUUGGUAGACAAUAAUUGCUUGUCAAAUAGAAAAAGACCGGUACAUGCCAUAAUAAAUAGAAUUGCAUUUAUCAUUAUACAUAUAUUAUGCUUGAAAGUAGGAACAAAUAAAAUUUAAUAUGGCAGUAAAACUAGCUAGAAAGAUAUUAUUUUAAUAGUUUACAUAUUUAUUAUUAUGACUAGAUUUAUAUUGUUUAUAAUUCUGUGUUUUUUGUUAAGAAUUGAAAUAUUUGUUAUUUAAAACCUAGAAUGUAAAGAAAUUAUACCUAUAUACAAUGAUCCCGUUGUGAUUGGAGUUGGAUCUGCAAGGAAUAAAGGAUGAAUAAUCUGUUAUUUAUAUCUAUAUGAAAAAUAUAUAUAGGACUGAACAAUAGUGGAGUAUUAUCUUUACACAAAUUACAGUUUGAGCAAAACACUGUUAUUCAUAAACAUUUAUAUCUAUAUGUGCAAAAAAUUUUUUUUAUUCUAGUCACAUUUAAAGACAGACAACCACCCAAAAUUAAAUAAAAGAGUAAGCUAGACCAAUUUAUUAGGAAAUAAUCAUAAUUAAUACAUGUACUAGUAGUUAUUUGAUCCAGUAUAACUUUCACCCAAAUCUUGAUCAUCCAUUAUGAAGAGUUAUAUAUCAUUGUAGAUAUUGAUCCAUCUGGUGUGUUAGAUUUAUCAUAUUAAUAGUAUUUUAUUAAACCAUCAACCUAGACUGCAUUCAACAA